AUGUUAGAAGACCAAACCCAAUCUUCUGAUACAACACUGACAAGAUCAUGGAAACAGCAAACAUCGCAAACCUUACCAGAAUCUUCUGCACAGGUGCAUUCACAUAAUGUAUCAAUUCCACUGGAUUAUUUUACCUGGAGAUCAGCUGUACCCUCUCAGACUGACAGUAAACACAAGUGGCUUGAAAGAGAUGCAGUUCAUGUUCAAGAGAAGACAGGUAUGUUCAAAUUCAAGACCACUUUGGAUGAAGAUAUCACAACCUUUCAAGGAGUUUUAAAUAUAAAGGAAUAUAGCAAAUAUAUCAGUGAACAGAGACAACUAAUUGCUCCUUCUUACCAGGUAAAUUCUUGGCCUCACCCUGUUCCACAUAUGCCGACAAAUGAUAAAGUCACUGAUACUCUAUUGUCAGGGUCAAGGCAGCAACUAACUUCUGAGUCUAAAUCACAAGGAUCUUCAGACAUUACAUCCCAGAUGUACACCCAGAAUAUAUCAAUUCCUCCUGAUUAUUUUACUUGGAGGUCAGCUAUAUCAUCUCAAAAUGAAGCUGAACGUGACUGGACAGAAGCUGACAAAUUUCAUGGUCAAGAGAAAACAGAUCUUUCUUCCAAGUUUUCAUCUCCCUUUGGCCAACUGAACAAAUCUAACAUUUCUCAUCCAGAGAUGAACCAUCAACAAACUCCAAAUGCAAGACCACUACCCCCAGUGCCACAUUUAAACUAG